AUGUUUACAUCCAUUGUUAUUCUUCUCAUCUUAUUCGGUGUACAAUCGAUUGAUUGCGCAGCAAGUAAUUCUCUAUCGGAUUGCAAUACAGUGGCUGCUAAUUUUUAUUCAACUUGUGGUGGUGUUGCUGUAUCAAGUAUAACCUCGUCUACUGGUACAAAUGUUUCAUGUUCAUCUGGUUUCACUAGUUCAACAUGUCCUGGAACAAUGUAUGGUAGUACAUGCGUAUUUCAACAUAAACUCUGUGUAACCUGUUCUGGUAGUUCACCUGUUCGAAUUCGUGUUCAAUCAAAUGGAUUACCAAGAUUUUGUCCUAAUGUUCCAGCCACAGUAAGCGAAUUAAAUAUUGAUUUUACUGUCAAUUUUAAUUCUGAUGUUGAUGUCAAUUCACCAGUACAAACUGCUACAAGUUCAUCAGCAUUGAGUUCAAUCGUUUGUAAUAUUAACAGUCAACAAACAGUACCAUCAGCCUACAAUUAUGUCGUCAGUGGUAGUACACAACUUAUGGCUGUUAUAGCUGGUAUCAGCUGUGAUGGUGUUAGUAUUCUCAACGUCAACAGUGCCAAUAAUGUUGAUCCAUUUUUUCCAGCAGGAGGAUUUUCAGCUGAAACUGUUGAUUCUUGUAUGGGACAUCCAAAUCCAUCGUCAAACAGUUACCAUUAUCAUAUUGCAUCGGGUUGUGCAUUGACUCCACCAUCAGGAACUAUUGCAACAUGUAGCUCUACAAGUUCCUGUAACUCCAAUAUUGCUAGUUAUAGUAUAUCAACAUUUUCAUCAUAUCGUACUAAAACUGUUAUUGGAAUAGCUAAAGAUGGACAUAUUAUUUAUGGACCUUAUACAACUAGUGGAGUACAAGUAACUAGUGGUUUUGAUAUUUGUAACGGUAUGUUUCAUGAUUCAAUUGGUAAUUACGGAUAUUUUGCUACACAAACCUAUCCAUACAUAACAGGAUGUUUUGGUCCUGGAAAUUAUCCUACUGCUACUGUUAACUGUUCAACUAAUGCACCAUCAUCUUAUUCAAAAUCUAUCUAUGCUCUCAAUUUCACAACAUCAGCAAACACGACAACCACAACCACGACAAACACAACCACAAUAAUAACAACUACAGUUGCUUCAGGAAAUACAACAACUCGAGCAUCAAACACUACAACAACUCAUGUAUCAAACACUACAACAACUCAAGCAUCAAACACUACAACAACUCGAGCAUCAAGUAAUGCACGAUCAAAUAGCAGAAAGUUAUCGUUGGAUUUCAUGAUGUGCGUUUUCAUGAUUGCAAUGAUGUUAUUUUGCAAGAGAAUGAUUUUUUAA